GAGAGUGGCUACAUACGUAACCGUAGGAGACAACAGGAUAGGCACCACCAGAGAGACGAGCACAGCUGAUCGGAAGUAGUUUCUGUACGAGUAAUUUCUAGCUGCGCAACAGAUAAUUCACCUCAGAUCUGAAGAGUGUAAACGCCGGGGGAAAACAGCGACCAUGUCAAUGACAGUGAAAGCAUAUCUACUCGGCAAGGAGGACAUCCAUAAGGAGAUCCGCCGUUUCACCGUAGACCAAGAUGUGACCAGCAGUUUCGAGUACCUGAAUCGAAAAGUGGCCGACGUUUUCCAAAGCCUUCGGAAUGCAACCUUCCAGAUGUACUACAGAGAUGAGGACGGGGACAUGAUCGCGUUCUCCUCAGACGAGGAGCUGAUCAUGGGGCUCACGUCUGUGAAGGAUGACACCAUGCGCAUCUUCAUCAAAGAGAAGAAGGAGCACAGGCGUGAUGCUCCCCCGCAGGGGGCCCCCGGUCCCGCUCCCUUCCCGUUCCCCUUCCCGGGGCCCCCCCACAUGGGGCCCCCUCCCCACAUGGGACCGCCGCCCCACGUCGCUGCCGUGCACCCCAACGUGACCUGCGACGGCUGCGAGGGCCCGGUGGCCGGCACGCGCUUCAAGUGCACGGUGUGCCCGGACUACGACCUCUGCUCCCCCUGCCAGGCCAAGGGCCUGCACAAGGAGCACGCUCUGCUGCCCAUCUGGCACCCGCUCAACAACAUGUUCGAGCACUGGUUCCCUCGUGGGAAAUGGAUGCGCAAGAUGAGGCAUGGCAUGCCCCACUGCAUGUGGGCCGGAGCCCAGAACCAGAACCAAGCUCGGCCUGAGGCCGGCCCGUCCGGAACCUGCCCUGCCUCCCAGCCCGGCCCCUCUGCCCCAGAGAACGGGCCUACCAAGCCCGACGGAGAGGCCUCCACCCAGGCCAACGUGGAGUACCUGAAGAACAUCGGUGAGGGUGUGGCGGCCAUGUUGAGUCCUCUGGGCAUCGACGUGGACAUCGACGUGGAGCACGACGGGAAACGCACUAAAGUCACCCCGCCCCCGCCCGAGUCCGGAGGCCCCCCGAGCGCCCAGUCCGGGGGAACGCAAGGGGGCGGUGAGGAAGAGGAGGCCGCAGACAGACAGAGCAGUCUGAGGAGCAACGCGAGCGGGGCAAAGGGACCAAAGGAGCUGGGCAGCGAUGAGGAGUGGACACACCUCAAUCCGAAGGAGGUGGACCCCUCCACGGGGGAGCUGCAGUCUAUGAGGGUGGAGGAGGGCCAAGAGGAAGUGGUGUCCCUCGAGGUGUCUGCACAGGGUCCCACGGGCCUGCGUGAGGCAGCACUCUACCCACACCUGCCACAAGACGCCGACCCGCGUCUGGUGGAGUCCCUGUCCCAGAUGCUGUCCAUGGGCUUCACAGACGACGGGGGCUGGCUCACCCGCCUGCUCCACACCAAAGACUACGACAUCGGGGCGGCACUGGACACCAUCCAGUACUCCAAACCGGGGCAAAAUCAAAAUUAACCCCACACAGCCCCGGCGGCAACCAGGCAGUCAUGCUGCGCCAAGAAGACGCCUGCAUUUAUCACAUCUAGGCUAUCAAACUUUCCUAUUCUUCUCUGACAAUGUAACCCAACACAUAAGCUCAAGUACUUACCAGCUUUAAUAUCAAAGAGCUAUACGGAAAAAUGUACAAACAUAAUAAGUAGUGGUAUCUGAUCACGCAAUGCUCAAUUGGAAUACUGAGCAGUCUUUUAAUCUGACGUUGUUUUACUCACUGUAAAGAGUAUGUUUAAAGCCUGUUAUAAUUCAAGUGGAAAAAAAGUACUUUUACUUGUGACCAAAUUAAACUGGUAAUGUAGAAAUCAAACGGAAGGGAGUUGAGAAUUGUUAGCAGAAGGAAAACUUUACGAGCUCUGAAUGAAGUGGACGGUGACGUGAUGUCGCUGGUCAUGAUUUUGCUUGUCAUGUGGGGACUGUGCGGGAAAAAAAACUGUUUCUCUGUCUUGUCUGUCCUGAAUAAAGCGCUUUGGCAUUAA